AUGACAGCAAGAGAGCACAGCCCUCGCCACAGUGCCAGGGCCCGUGCGAUGCAGCGGGCUUCCACCAUCGAUGUGGCCGCCGACAUGCUUGGCCUCUCUCUGGCAGGAAAUAUGCAAGAUCCAGAUGAGCCCAUUUUAGAAUUCAGCUUAGCUUGCAGUGAGCUGCAUACUCCAUCGCUAGAUCGAAAACCAAAUAGUUUUGUAGCAGUGAGUGUAACCACCCCUCCUCAGGCAUUCUGGACGAAGCACGCACAAACGGAGAUCAUUGAGGGAACCAACAAUCCUAUAUUUCUAAGCAGUAUUGCCUUCUUUCAAGACUCUCUUAUCAAUCAGAUGACCCAAAUCAAACUCUCUGUGUAUGAUGUCAAAGAUAGAUCUCAGGGAACAAUGUAUUUACUGGGCUCUGGAACCUUCGUUGUCAAGGAUCUGCUCCAGGACAGGCAUCAUAGAUUGCAUUUAACACUAAGGUCUGCAGAGAGUGACCGCGUGGGUAACAUCACCGUGAUCGGCUGGCAGAUGGAGGAGAAGUCGGACCAGCGGCCCCCCGUGACCCGGUCUCUGGACACCGUCAAUGGGAGGAUGGUUCUGCCCGUUGAUGAGAGCUUGACCGAGGCCUUGGGAAUCCGAUCCAAAUAUGCUUCAUUGCGAAAAGACACUUUACUGAAAUCGGUGUUCGGCGGCGCCAUCUGCCGCAUGUACCGCUUCCCAACCACUGACGGCAACCACCUGAGGAUCCUGGAGCAGAUGGCGGAGAGUGUGCUCUCCCUGCACGUGCCCCGGCAGUUUGUGAAGCUCCUGCUCGAGGAAGAUGCGGCCAGAGUGUGUGAACUGGAGGAGUUGGGGGAUCUGUCCCCUUGCUGGGAGAGCCUCCGGCGCCAGAUUGUCACUCAGUACCAGACUGUCAUCCUCAUAUACCAGGAGAACCUGACCGACCUCCAUCAGUACAAAGGUCCCUCAUUUAAAGCAAGCAGUUUGAAAGCAGACAAAAAGUUAGAAUUUGUUCCCACAAACCUGCACAUACAAAGGAUGAGAGUUCAAGACGAUGGAGGAUCAGAUCAGAACUACGACAUCGUCACCAUCGGAGCGCCAGCAGCACACUGCCAAGGUUUUAAGUCAGGAGGUCUCCGUAAAAAGCUGCACAAAUUUGAAGAGACCAAGAAACACAGUUUUGAGGAGUGUUGUACAUCAUCCAGCUGCCAGUCCAUAAUCUACAUACCACAGGACAUCGUCAGAGCCAAGGAGAUCAUUGCCCAGAUCAACACCCUGAAAACCCAAGUGAGUUACUAUGCAGAGCGGCUCUCAAGGGCAGCCAAGGAUAGGUCUGCCACUGGCCUCGAAAGAACACUCGCCAUCUUGGCAGACAAGACCCGGCAGCUGGUCACCGUCUGCGACUGCAAGCUGCUGGCCAACUCCAUCCACGGGCUGAACGCGGCACGGCCCGACUACAUUGCCUCCAAGGCCUCCCCCACCUCGACUGAGGAGGAGCAGGUGAUGCUUAGAAACGACCAGGACACCCUCAUGGCCAGGUGGACGGGGAGGAACAGCCGGUCUUCUCUGCAGGUGGACUGGCACGAGGAGGAGUGGGAGAAAGUGUGGCUGAAUGUCGACAAGAGCCUAGAGUGCGUCAUCCAGCGGGUAGACAAGCUGCUGCAGAAGGAGCGCCUGCAUGGCGAGGGCUGCGAGGACGUCUUCCCCUGCGCCGGCAGCUGCACCAGCAAGAAAGGUAAACGGGCCAGCCACGCCUACUGGAUCAGACCGGAGGACCCCUUCUUCGAUGUCCCCUCCUCGCCACGCCCCUCCACCAUGCCCUGUGCCGCAUGCCGUCCUCACCCGGCCACACAUUGCAGCCCCCCUCCUGAAGAGUCCAGCCCAGGUGAAUGGAGCGAGGCCCUUUACCCGCUGCUGACCACCCUCACAGACUGCGUGGCCAUGAUGAGUGACAAGGCCAAGAAGGCGAUGGUCUUCCUGCUCAUGCAGGACAGCGCUCCCACCAUAGCCAUGUACCUGAGCCUGCAGUACCGCCGCGAUGUGGUCUUCUGCCAAACCCUGACCGCUCUCAUCUGUGGCUUCAUCAUCAAGCUGAGGAACUGCCUGCACGACGACGGCUUCCUGCGGCAGCUCUACACCAUCGGGCUGCUUGCCCAGUUCGAGAGCCUGCUGAGCACCUAUGGUGAGGAGCUGGCCAUGCUGGAGGACAUGAGCCUCGGAAUCAUGGACUUGAGGAACGUGACCUUCAAAGUCACUCAGGCCACUUCUAAUGCAUCAACUGACAUGCUACCCGUCAUCACCGGAAAUCGCGACGGGUUUAACGUGCGGAUCCCUCUGCCGGGCCCCCUGUUCGAUGCCCUGCCCCGGGAGAUCCAGAGCGGCAUGCUGCUGCGGGUGCAGCCCGUCCUCUUCAACGUGGGCAUCAACGAGCAGCAGACUCUGGCUGAGAGGUUUGGCGAUACUUCUUUACAAGAAGUUAUCAACGUGGAGAGUUUGGUGCGGUUAAAUUCCUACUUCGAGCAGUUUAAGGAGGUUUUGCCAGAGGAUUGCCUACCUCGAUCUCGGAGCCAGACGUGCCUGCCGGAGCUGCUGCGAUUCCUGGGUCAGAACGUGCAUGCCAGGAAGAAUAAGAACGUCGACAUUCUCUGGCAAGCUGCUGAGAUCUGCCGCCGCCUUAACGGGGUCCGGUUCACCAGCUGCAAGAGCGCCAAGGACCGCACGGCCAUGUCGGUGACGCUGGAGCAGUGCCUGAUCCUGCAGCACGAGCACGGCAUGGCGCCGCAGGUCUUCACGCAGGCCCUGGAGUGCAUGCGCAGCAUUGGAACACGGGAGGUAGUCACCCAGAAGAACUUGAGCGGCCUGGUGCCCAUCCGAGACUUAAGACUAGAUCCCAGCCUCCUCUGCUCCAUCCCUUUAUUGGCUCUGAGCCCCAAUUUACUGAUUGCGUGGCUCUUUCUGAGCAUAGCAUACCUGGUGGCCAAAUUGCGUUGCAAAUGAAUAUCAUGAUGAAAAAUUAGUAGUAAGUCACAAGAAAAACAAACGUGCCAGAAUAUGUCCAGCCACCGGGUACCUGACUGGACAGAAGGAAUGUGUCAGAGCGUGGUCUGCCGAGAAAUAUUUCAUGCCUUACAGUUGACGUUUUGUUGUUCUGAACUGUAUAUACCUGCCAAAUUAUUUCACGAAGAGGACUUGUUCUUUUACAUUCUGUAGCGUUUUCAGUGCUUGUAACAUGUUCUUACAGUGCCCUGUUACUGCAUUGUUGAGCUGGCCUGGAAUUACCUGUACCAAAUCCUUUCCUUCCGAUGUAAAACUAUUUAUUACCUGUAUAUCUCAUGUGCCCUGUUUCCAAGAGAAAGCAAUUCUGUCUGAAAACAAUUUGUAUAUUUGAUACUAUUCUUUAAAUGUACUACUAACCUUUCCUUUCCUUUUGAAGAGAAAUGAAAAGGAUAGAUGCUUUCUAACUGGCUCGUCUAGAUAAACCUAUUUAAUAGGACGUGUACUUUCUGCUUUCAUUUCAAAGCGUAGUCCCUUAAAUUACAGUAGCAAACAGUUUGCAGAAUCAUAACAUUUCCUUGCUUAUGUUUAUUAUUUCCAAUUCAGGAUGACACAAAGCUGUGAAUACCAUAGCACAUCAUACCAAGUCAGGCACAUAAAAAUAACAUAUUGCAUGUGACUUUCGAUUUACUCUUUU